UGACCCGAUCCGGCCUGAUGCCCUGAUGCCCGGUGACUCGGUGCCCGCGGUCUUGCCAGAUGACUCGGUGCCCGAUGACUCCAUGCCCGCUGACUUGCCCGGUGACUUGGUGGCGGCUGUCGUGCCAGAUGACUCAGUGUCCGCUGUUGAGCUUGGUGACCCGGUGCCCACGGUUCUGCUAGAUGACUCGGUGCCCGCUGUCGUGCCAGAUGACUCGGUGCCCGCUGUCGAGCUUGAUGGCUCGGUGCCCGCUGACGUGCUCAAUGACUCGGUGCCCGCUGACUUUCCCGGUGACUUGGUGCCCGCGGUCAUGCCAGAUGACUCGGUGCCCGCUGUCGUGCCAGAUGACUCGGUGCCCGCUGUCGUGCCAGGUGACUCGGUGCCCGCUGUCGUGCCAGAUGACUCGGUGCCCGCUGUCGAGCUUGGUGACCCUGUGUCCGCGGUUCUGCUAGAUGGCUCGGUGCCCGCUGACGUGCUCGAUGACUCGGUGCCCGCUGACUUGCCCGGUGACUCGGUGCCCGCGGUCGUGCCCGAUGACUCCGUGCCCGAUGACUCCGUGCCCGCUGACUCCGUGCCCGCUGUCGUGCCAGAUGACUCGGUGCCCGCUGUCGUGCCAGAUGACUUGGUGCCCGCUGUCGUG